AUGCAGGCAGCACCCCCCUCGCUCCUGCCCGCUCUGUACUUGUUAUCCAAUUCCUUUCCCCGCCUUAUUCCCCCGUCGAACUCGGCAAUCCAGCACGUUUCGGGCCUGAGCAACGCCGCCCUGAAGCGGCUUUACAACACCACCGGCGACCCAGGCGACGUCGCGUUCGCGGCCAAGUCGAACGUCCGCACGCUCCUCCCGCACCCGCCCCUGCUCGUCACGGGCGUGACGAAGCAGGCCGCCGUCGAGAAGCUGCUCGUCGCCGCGCGCGGGGAGGAGGCCCGCUUCCUCGUCCGCACGCUCGGGCAGAACCUCCGCGUCGGCGCGGUGAGGACGUCGCUCACGAACGCGCUCGCCCGCGCGCUCGUGCUCACCCGCCGCGGGCGGGCACCCCGGAGGAAGAAGGGAAAGAAGGCUGCCGACGCCGCCAGAGACGCGCUGAACGAAGCGUUCGCGGCCGCAGAGGGUCUGUUAAAGCGGGUGUACGUCCAGCAUCCUAACUACGAUCACAUCGUGAAGGCGUUGCUCGACGCCGGCCUGGACGGGCUCAGAGAACAGCUCCCGCUGACCGUCGGCGUCCCUCUGCUCCCCACCCUAGGGUCGCCCACGAGAUCGCUGGACGAGAUCUACGACCGAUUAGGCCUUUUACCGUUCGCAGCGGAGUUCAAGUACGACGGCCAACGUGCGCAGAUCACGCGUCGAGACCGAGGGGAUCGAAAACGAUUUUUGUCAAGAUAUUUUCGCGCAUCUAGAAGACAUGACAGACAAGAUUUGUACCCCGAUGUCGUUUCAUUGGUAGAAUAUUUAUUCGAAAGUUCACCGGGCAUUGAGUCUUUUAUUAUAGACUCUGAGGUCGUCGCGAUCGACCCGUCCACCGGUGCGCUCAAGACAUUCCAGGAGCUGUCUAACCGUGCUAGGAAGGACGUGAAAUUGGACGAUGUGAAAAUCUGCUUGGAAAAGCCGUUCCGGGAGCGGCGCGCACUGCUCCAUUCCCGCUUUCCGCCGUACACGCCCCCGCUUAAAGGUGCAGCACGGUUUGAUCACGUCAAGAGCGUAGAGAGCGAUUCCGGACGGGAUGCCGUGGAAGAAUUCUGGCAGCAGGCAGUGAACAGUUCUAGUGAGGGACUCAUGGUGAAACUUUUGGACAGCGGUGAGGUGUUGGAAGAGCCCACACUGAAGAGAGACAAGCCGCGACGCAAGCCGCUACCCGCAACCUACGAGCCAGAUAAACGGACGUCCGCGUGGCUCAAGCUGAAAAAGGACUACGUCGCGGGCCUCGGGGACAGCCUCGAUCUCGUGCCGGUCGGUGCGUGGCAUGGCAACGGCAGGAAGGCCCAGUGGUGGAGCCCCGUCCUGCUCGCGGUGUGGGACCCGGCCGAGGAGAAGCUCGUCGCGGUCUGCAAGUGCAUGUCCGGACUCAAGCCAGAAGUGUAUUUUCGACCGCAGGAGGUGUGGGAGAUACGGGGUGCCGACGUCACCGUCAGCCCGGUGUCCGUCGCGGCGCUCGGGCUCGUGUCGGAGACGCGGGGGCUGAGCCUGCGCUUCCCGCGGUACAUUUCCUCGCGGGAGGACAAGCGGGUGGAAGACGCGAGCACGCCCGAGUUCCUCGCGAACAUGUUCCGCUCGCAGCAGGCAGCGGGCAAGGAUCAGACUGGGGCCGACGAGGGUGACUUGGUGGAUGUGGCGGUCGGGGAGAGCUCGGGGGAAGAAGCGGAGGACGCGGAGUCGGAGUGA